AUAUAAUAGUGACCGAAAGCAUAAUUUAUAAACAUUGAAUGGCCAGAUUGAAAUAUGUUUUUGUUUCCCUUGGCCAUUUUUUUUUUUUCCUAAAAUCACAGAAAUAGAAGAAACCGAAGCGAAAUCAAAAAGCUCAGAGAUUUUCCAGAUUUCUCUAAUUGCGUGACGAUGGCGCUUCGUGCUACUACUCAAGGGACUAGCCGUAUCGCGGCGACGCUCCGGCGUGUUGCUCGGCCUUUCUCUACUGACGCGGUGGUUGAGUCGGAUUACAAGCGUGGCGAGAUCGGUAAGGUCUCCGGAAUCCCAGAGGAGCAUCUUUCCCGCAAGGUGAUAAUAUACUCACCUGCUAGAACAGCUACCCAGUCAGGAUCUGGAAAACUUGGAAAAUGGAAGAUUAACUUCGUCUCCACCUUAAAGUGGGAGAAUCCAUUGAUGGGAUGGACUUCUACAGGUGACCCCUAUGCCAAUGUUGGUGACUCUGCUCUUGCUUUUGAUUCUGAAGAAGCUGCUAAGUCUUUUGCUGAGCGUCAUGGUUGGGAUUAUAAAGUCAAGAAGCCCAACACACCGCUAUUGAAGGUCAAGUCUUACUCGGAUAACUUCAAGUGGAAAGGCAAUCCUCAACCAGAAAACUGAUCUCACACCUUCUUCUUCCAGGAGAAAACCUCAUUUGAUAAAAAUUCUCAUGUUUCUGUGUUAUUUAGCAUCUUUGAGCUUUUUGUUUGAAAAGAACCAUUAUCCAUGGCUUUGUUUCCUUAUUACAAUAAUAUGAUGAUGAUGAAACACACUCCUUUGAUAUGUCAUCAAGAAUUCAGAUCA